CCAAUUUCAGCACUGGAAGGUGCAGUAAAAAGUAGGGGUCUCCGCUCCCCCUCCCCGGUCAUCGUCGUACUACCGGCGGGAGGAGGAGGGAGGGAGCCCUAUGCAUUUAGAUGUACAGUUUUAAAGAUUUUUGACUGCCACUAUAUGCUACUCAUUUCAUGGAGGGGCGGAUGGCAUAGUCGCAUCCUUCUGAGGAUAGUCUGGCUCGAGUAAUUAUUCCGAGAAAAGGGGAAGUAAAACACGGGAUGACUUAUAAAGAUCCGCGCACCUUUCGAUUGAGUUGGAAUAAGGAGGAUGUUUAAAGUCGGCAGGUACAGCAUUCCCAGACCUGUCACUAGGAACUUGGAAGAUAUUGAUUCAGUCCAAAGUAUCCUCCUCCACAGUGACUUUGAACCAGAAUGGCUGGAUGAUGUACAAAAAAAUGGAGAGCUUUUCUACCUGGAGCUGAGUGAAGGGGAAGAAGAGGCCUUGAUGCAAUCCAACGUACCUCAGGUACCUGUGGUGAAUCAUGUCCGGUUCAGUGACCAGGAAGCUGAGGUAAUUUCAAAUGCUGGGCACAGAGAGAUGGGGAAGCAUGAGCAAAGGGUGAAGAGACUUACUAAGAUUCUGAAAAAGAAAAGAAUUUCCAGGAAGCAUAAUGACAGUUUGAGAAAUAGCCACUGUAAUGGCCAUGCAGGUAGUCAGUCUUCUGCACCUGCUUCAAUAUUAAAGCAUCAGCCUAAUCCGAGAAGGGGAAUUACAGUCCAGCAAAAGUUCAAGGAUGUUUGGCUGUACUUGAAUCCUCAAAAAUCGUCUAAUCUUGGUACAGAGGACCAGUUCAGGCUCUUGAAGGCAGUAGUUGGUAUUGUUUAUCUGCCAUUAUGGAGUUCUGAAGGGGCAAACAAAUCGGCAAAUCAGCAUGAGCUUUCUAAAGCUACCAAAGGGGCUAGGCUUGUGGUCCAUGGUUUAACUCCAGGCAGUUCUGCAGUCAGAUGUGGAAAGAUCUUGAUUGGUGAUGUCCUUAUUGCUGUAAAUGAUGUUGAUGUUUCUUCAGAGAACAUAGAAAGAGUACUUUCUUGCAUUCCAGGCCCUAUGCAGGUGAAGCUGACAUUUGAGAACUCCAUGUUUGAUAAAGUAUCCCCAUCACAACUGAACAGUAAGCCAUCAGUGACAAGUCUGGACAACCUGGUCAGACUUCUUUGGGGAGGUGAUGGUAAUAAUGAGCCAUGCUUAGGUGUCAACAGUUGCCCAUUAAUUGUUAUGUAUCUCUCUCUGAAAAUCGACUCAGAGGCUUUGAAGGAAGAGCAAGAAAUCAUUUACCAGUAUCCAGUCUCUGAGGCAUCACACAAACUAAAGGCUGUCAGAGGAAUUUUUCUAACAUUGUAUGACAUGCUAGAAAAUGUUACAGGAGGACAGGUUAUCAGCUCUUCACUUUUUCUGAGUGGGAAGCUGGUUCAUGUGGGCUACUGGAAAGAGUCUUCCAAUCUGUUAAUUAUAGGGCUUCCUGCAGAAAGGGUCCCUUUAGCACAGCUAAGGACGAUGAUUGCAGAUGUUGUCAAAACUCUUACAUUUAUGUACAGCUCCCUAGACAGUGCAUUCUGUUCUUUGGAUAACGUGCUUCAGCUGGAUUAUUUUUUCAACUUGUUCUUCCAACGUGCAGUCUAUCCUGCUAAACUGAGUUCAAGUGACAUUCCCAGCUGCCAGCAUUAUGACUGCUCCAGUGCUGUGUUUUUAGAUAGCCUUCCUGGUGUACGAUGGUUGACACUGCAGCAGGAGAUUAAAAUGGAGAUUGAUAUAACUUUAAGUGGCUUGGAAGCUGGGGACUUUGCAGAAAUGUCAGAAGAUUACUAUGACAUGAGACGGCUGUAUAUGAUACUGGGCUCUUGUCUCUUCUACAAGGGUUACCUUCUUAGUAGUCACCUGCCAAAAGAUGAUCUCCUCGACAUUGUGUUGUAUUGUCGGCAUUAUUGCUUGUUGUCUCUUGGUGCACAGCCACGCAUUGUUCAAAUGGUAAUAUGGCGUGAGGUUUUUCCAUUCCAUCAUAUUUCAACAAAAAAGGAGACUGCUGCAGAUGGAUACCAUGAACCAGAAGCAAGAUAUUUCAUUUUGAUUGUUGGUCUGAAACAUUUCAUGCUGUGUGUUUUGCUAGAAGCUGGAGGCUGCACUUCUAAAGCUGUUGGAAAUCCUGGUCCAGACUGCAUAUAUGUAGAUCAAGCAAAGGCAACGUUAAUCCAACUGGAAGGAAUUGACUCCACUAUAGAGGAGAGGCUGGCAGCACCUCCUAUACCAUGUCUGUCUUGUGCUGAUUGGUUCCUCCCUUCAUCACGUGACAAAGUGGAUAGUAGUUCAGGCUCACCGAUCUUCAGUAAAACACACAGUUCUCCUAAGUCUGCAUCAUCUCCAACAAGCAAGAGAGCCCUUUUUGGUGACUCCUUAAGGACACGAAAAGCAAGUCCUCCAAGGAAUAGUGGAGGAACUGAUAAUGUUAGUGAAGGACUCACGGAAAGGGGGUCUCACAACACUAGCCUCAGCCCUCACUCAACACCCGAUUCAAUCCGAAAGCAUGGACGACGAGAAUCUCAGGGCUCUGGAGGUUCUGAUGGCAGUGGAGGAAGUGGAAGCUUAUUUAAGACUAACAAGAAAAAAACUAGUCUUCCUAACCUUUUUAAUUUAGUAACUUCGAAAAAGAAUCUUUCAGAGAAGGAGACUGAAGAAAUGUUCCAUGCUAUCAAAUUAACUUCAGGUCCUGAAAAUACUCUGUUUCACUACAUUUCUAUGGAGACAAUACAAGGGAUCUUAAUCACUCCAACACAUAGGGAAGUGGCACAGCUCAGCGGCUCUAUUCAUCCACAGUUAAUCAAGAAUUUUCAUCGAUGUUGCCUUUCAAUUCGUUCCGUCUUCCACAGUGUCUUAAAUAAUGAGGCAAUCAUCAGUGGUGUACCGUAUGAUUCAGGGUUGCAGAACAGCAGUUCAAAUCUUGGUCUAGUGAAAGAGCACGGAAUCCUUUUUGAGUGUAGUCCUGAAAACUGGACUGACCAGAAGAAACCUCCUCCAACAAUGACGUACUGGGUUGUUGGGAGGCUGCUAAGAGAUCCGCACCCUCAGGAAUUUUAUGUGUGCUUCCAUGAUUCAGUUACAGAAAUUGCAGUAGAAAUGGCCUUUCGACUUUCAUUUGGAUUAGUCAUGUAAAAAGAAAAGAAAAAAGUGUAUUUAUGGAUGUACAGCCGGACUGUACAGUUUUAGAAGUAUUUUGGUCGUAACAUUUAAGAGCACCUAGAGUGAUAUAUUUUUGAAAUGAAAAUGUUCUUCAAAACUAAAUUCUUUCAGGGUACUUUAUCUAGUAUGCAUUUUCAUUUUUGAUAAAUUGUCCUAUUUAAAGUACACAAUAUUGAAAUGUAUUUAGAACAUGCCAUUUUUUGAAAUUUCCAGAGAAACUACACAUUUCUUUUGAAAAAACAAUGUAAUAUAUUACAGAAUCAAACAUUUUCUUGGAACUUCUGAAGAUACAUUAUUUAUAUUUUAGUAUUUAUACAAUGUUAAAUACUGUCUGUACAUGCAUUCUUUUUGUAAAAUAUACAGAUUUUGUUUAAUGAUUAUUUUUGUUUAAAUGUGAUCUGUUAAAUUGCCAGCUGAUGUUGAGCUGUACAGUAUUUAUAAUUAAAAGUGAAUUACUACAUAUACUUUGAUAAAAUGAUUUUCUUCCUGUAAUUAUUGUGUGUGGAAGGAUUCCAAGGAAAAAGACAAUUAGCUUAAAUGGGUCUUAAGCUAAAAACAUAAAUUGUGGAAUAUUUUUGACAUGCCUAGUGAAUAAAUCCCUGUUUUGUUAUA